UCUUAUCUUCAAGAACAUCGAUUUCAUCAGCAAUUUCAUCCAAAAAUCUUGUUAAAUUUCAGUGUGCACAUAACAAUGGCAACAUUUUACACCUACAAAACGUCGUACACCACGGAUCACGGAAAUAAAAUGGAUGAUUCUGCAACACUUUGGCCAUACAGAACGACCCCGUUGGUGCUACCAGGUGCAAAGGUGAAGCGCGACUCAAAUGCUAAUGAUUGCUAUCUGCGCCACCACCCGAAUCCGGCCAUGAGGGCUCCCGUUCAGUCAACAUUAAAUCAUGAAGUUUUAAUGAAGCAAAAGGUUGCCGAUUCAGUAUUACACAGAGUGGCUGGUGAUAGCAUAGCAAACAAGGUUGUGCAUAAACAAUUCAAUUCUCCAAUUGGCCUCUAUUCCGAUGCUAACGUCGCCGAAGCGAUUCGUCAUACAACAAGCCUACCAUAUAAACCGACUGUUGUUUACGAUCCCGCCAAGAGUGAGACCUUUAGAGCUUUGCAGGAAGAAGUAUACGGUGGUGAAAUACAAGAAGUCAGUACUCCAGCCCAAACAAAAGUGUUUCAACCGACCAAAACUGUACAAUUCAAGAAACCAAAUCCAGUAAGCCAACCACAUUAUCAGCAGAAUCAAUAUCCUUUGAAUGAUUCUGGAGAAAUUCAUCAAAGCGGCUCAUUCAAGAGAUUAAUGCACCACGUUUUAAACCAAAGCAAUUAUUAAUUUUUUUAUUAAUGUAAUAGGAUGUUCAAAUUAAUUUAAUUAACAAUGUAAAAUUUCAUUUAUUAUUGUUCACUAUAGCUUUUCCAGGUAUGCCAUUAUUUAACAUUAAUAAUAUAAUAACAUUGAAUAAACAAGCAUUAAGAUGUGCUUCAACGUUUUAUCAAAUAUUUUUAUUGUUUUUGUUCAGAGUAUCCUAAUUUUAAGAAAAGUUUACAUUUUAUGCUUCUCAUGCUUUUUUUCAUAUUAAUAGAAUGGUCUAUAUUUACAGACUAUUUUAUUUAAUAUGUUCAAUGAGUGUAAUCUAGUCAAAGCUUAGUUUUGAAAUAGAGCAUAUUAAAAUAUCCAAACUACAUAUUGAAAUUAUUAUAAUUCUGUAUUUGCAACAUUAAUUAGCUUCUAAAAUAUAUUAUAGUUAACAAUAUGGUAGUUCCAUAUAUAAGUUUUAUUUUAUUUUUCAAAAAAAAAA